CAAUUUUCAUUCCCGUGGUCGCACAGGGAGAAAGAGGUGUUAAAAAAACAAAAAAAUUGAAACCCUACUCUGCGAUUCUUCAUCUCUUCCGUCGCCGGUGUGAGUGAGAGGGAGGGUGAUUGAUUUUUCCCGGCUGCCGCUGUUGUAGGUGACGGUGCCGUCGGACCUUCUCCUCGUUUUUGUGCCUCUGUUUGCAAGCAAGGGAUGAGGGGGUGCUCGACUGAAUCUGUUUUGAACCUCCACCUUCCUGUGUUCCUCCUCUUCCUGUUGCUCGUGAGUGAGGUAGUGAGGAGCUAGGUUCGCUGCUGUUGAAGGUUCUGUAGGGAUUGGGUGUACCUUGUUUUUCAUCUAUAGAUACACACGAUAUAUGAGUAGUUUGGAAAUACAUUUGUAUAGAAAUGGCAUAUAGGGGAGGAGGACGAGGAGGAGGGCGAGGAGGGGGUUAUGGAGGUUGGGGCGGCCAUUCAUUUGCCAAACCAGAAGCAUUUGUGCUUUUUCCUGAGGAUGUUGUCUUGCCUGGUGCUAAAAUUGAUGAUAUUGAUGCCAGUAUGAAAAGGUUGCUUAACUGGAAUAACAAGUUGAAGAAUUACUGGAAAGCCUCUCCUUAUUUUCUAGAGGACACUAACUCCAAGAAGAGGCAAAGGCUAGAUGUGGAAAGAUUUUCAGACAGGCAAAAGACUGUGUUUACUCGCGAUUCUCUUUCACAAGUUUUAGAGUUCAAAGAUUUCCCUAAGGAGUUGACUCAGGGUGCAGCAAGACGUAUGUCAAAGCGGAAAAAUUUCCGGUGGAACCCAGAGUCAGAUUUGAAGGCACUAGAUUUCUUUGAACAGCUUGAGAAAAAGGCCCAGGGCCAGGAAGAUAAAGGUGAAAAGGAAAAGAAAGAAGGGGAAAACGAAGAAGAUGAUGAAAAUGCAGAAAAUGAGGAGGGCGAGGAAGAACUUAGUGAUGAUGACUACAAUCAGAAUGAAUAUUUUGACGAUGAUGAAGAUGAUUACAAUGAUGUGGAUGACGGGGAAGAUGAAGGCGUCUACUAAUAAUCUAUGGAGAAUGAUUUUCUGCCCCCGAUUUGGAGCAGAAAAUAUUGAACACUGGUUCUACCGCGCCUGCGGGCAUGCAGUUUAGAGUCAGCACUUCAGAUGGGGCGGGCAUAUUUGGGCCAGGCUGUAAAAUACAUAAACAUAUAAAGCUCAUAUACUUUAGGCUUUUGGGUUUGCCCAGUUGAAUAUUAUUUUAUUUUUUAACAAAUUUCAAUUUUUAUUAUAGAAAAUUAAAGUUUUUCAAUCAACAUAAUAUAGCAUCUUUUUUCCCCUA